ACACACACGCACGCACGCACACGCACAUACACAAAAAUACACAAAAAUACCACAAAAACCACAAAAAAAAAAAGACCCGAUCCUGCCCUGGCUUAUAAAAAGGGGGAGCGGUUCGUAUCAACAAAUAUUUUCCAAGAUGGCUUCUAACAAAGCGGCUGAUGAUGACGAUGACGGAGGAGGCGGAAGCGAAGAAGAAGGAAGCAGGAAUGGGAACGCUGCUCCUACCAAUGGCACCAGCGAGGACAAAGAUGAAGAAAAUGGAGUCCGUAUUACCAGGCAGUCGCUCUCCAGAACCAGUUCCAGUGACGGUGCCAAGGACAAGAAUGUGCCCGUGAAGAAAAAGAAACUAAGCACCAGUUCUUCUGAGAGUGGUUAUUCUGUGGCUACCAGUCGAUCUCGAAGACUGCCGUGUCGUCCUGGUAUUGUCUGGAGAAUUGGUGAAAGGUUGGAAGCCAUGGAUUUUAUCCAUAAAUGGUACCCUGCCAAAAUUGUGAACAUCCAAGAAGAGAAAUUCUCCGUCUUGAUCCACUUUGAAGGUUGGAAUCACCGUUAUGACGAAUGGGUGGACAUGAAGUGCGAACGCUUGCGACCGGCAAGCAGACGGUCGGAGCGGAAAGAAAAACGGAGGCAGAUGACCUCGUAUAAAGUUGGUGAACAUGUAUUGGCCAAGUGGUCAGAUUGUAAAAUGUACCCAGCCAAAGUUUUGGCAGUCAAGUUACCUGUUGGUUACGAGGUUCUUUUUUACGACGGCUUCAAAAAACUGGUCCAGCCUUCCAAUGUUCAAACGUUACCCCCAGAUGUCAAGAGAAUGGACCCCAUACCUGUUGCAGUGCCGGCUGCUACCGAAUUGCCCAGUACUGGCGGCAAAGACAACCAAACAGAAGCUAAAAGCAAGAGUGAGAAUGACAAAAUACCUAGUGAGGAGGAGAAAGAGUCAAGCCCUCUGCCAUCUACCUCUGAUGACGACAUCAUCUCAAACUCAUUGACCUCGACUAACAAACAGGCAAAGAAGACCAAAAUAAUUCCAGAUAAAGAUUCCACAGAGUUGAAGUCCUCAGAUUGUGUAAUAAAAGAGAGACCAGCAUCACCUGUAUCAGCUCCUCCAUCCUCUACAGCUACUUCAGUUGACCCAACAGCAAAAGAAGUGGAAGAACCUGUUGACAAAAUGAAAGAACCUACUCCGCCAAAAGAGGAACCCAAGACGGAACCUGUUGAAAGCAGUGAACCACCCAAAAUUAAGGAACUGGCCGAGGAGCUCAUUAAACCAGUGACAUUACAAGAGAAUACAACUGAAGAUAAAGAGAAGAAGAAAGAACUAAUAGCAGCAGCAGAAGAGACAGCAACAACAGCAGCAGCAAUAGCUGUGGUGGCAGCAGCAGCAGCCACAGCAGCAGCCACAGCAGCACCGAAACCGAAGGAGAAGAAACCAAACUUGUUCCCCAACAGGCGGCGCCAGAAGCUCAUUGUUGCCGGUGCGUUCCUUGCGAAACGGGACGCCAGCCGGAAGUCUCCACCGAGUCCAGCAAAGAAACUAACGGCCAGGGCCAAACCUUCGAUAAUGAAAGCCGAACCCAGCGACAAGAUUGAAAAAGAUGAAAAAGUUGCAGAGAAGAAGGUGACCUCUGAGAAGAAAAUGGAGAAGAAACUCAUUCCUGAAAAAAGGGCCACCAUUGAUAAGAAACCAGCUUUCCGUGAGAUGAAGGUCCAUGAAGACAAACGGUCUUUUGGAGAGAAGAAACUCGAUAAAAGGUUAUCUGGUGAACGAAAAUCCUUGCAGACUCCUGUUGCCCAGUCUGCGAAGUUGGUCAAAGAACUGAAGACAGAAGUGGCCAGCGAGACGACCCAAGUAAAAACGGAGCGUCCGAUGAGUGAGAUGAAGGAAUUGGAGAAGGCUCUCACCAUUGGCUUUCUUCCGAACUCACGACCGGGUAUGGCACCCCUCUCGAGUGCCGUUACGCCAUCCACAGCCUAUGUCAAUAUGCUGACGUCAACCACGAAUGUCUUCGGAGGUCCAGUGGUGUCUCCUACUUCAACGAAGCCUGCCUUAGGGAGAAAAGUACGGGCUCGUCCAGGUAGGUUCCGCAGAGGUCCCCAUCGGGCCUCAAGAAAACGAGGUUUGUCGAAAUCUCCUGACACUUCUGACUUUGUGGUGAAGAAAGAACCCCUGUCACCUGGAGAUGAAGGUCUCCCCCGCAAAAGGAUUAAACUCGGCGGGAAAGUUGCAAGCCAGGAGUUUACUAUCCAGUAUGAUCACAAUCCUUACAAAUGCAUGUUCGAGAACUGCAACAAGAGUUUCCGUAAAGACCACCGCCUUCAGUACCACAUCAAGUACUACCACAUGGAGGACAGCAAAGCCAUGGUGAGCUCACCCGUAACGGUGCCGUCGUCGAAGCGUCAGAAGACUUCAAGUAUUUGUUCCACCAGUUCUGACCACUCUCAAAAGACCAAGUGUGACGCCGUGCCUCCGAAGCGGAGGUAUACUUCUCAGUUAGCCCUGCGUCACACCCUGAAUGGUUUCCCGACCCUGGAUAGUCCAAGUUCUUGUCUGUUACAGGAUGACAUCAAAAACUUCGAUCUUUUAGAUGCUGCAAGUGAAAUGGUGCCACCACCCAUCACCGUCAAAGAAAGGAAACAUGACAAGAGAAGAAGAAGUAAAAAUAUCGAACGACCUCCUGUACUGGAACCUGUGGCUGAAGACUUUACAGAGUUUGAGGAAGAAGAUACAAGCAGCGAAGUCAUCCAUUGUGUUUGUAACCAGGUUGAAGAGAAGGGCCUUAUGAUUCAGUGUGAAGUAUGUAUGUGCUGGCAGCAUGCCUUCUGUAUGAACCUUGAUGAAGCAACUCUUCCCAAGAAGUACAUCUGCUCCAUCUGUCAGAACCCAAGAGGUCUUCGUCCUAGUGCCAAAUACAUCUAUGACCAAGACUGGCUGAAGCUUGGCCAGUUGCCUGGCUUCAGUUUCGUUGAAGCAGACCAUGAUGAAAGCGGAAAGAUCAACAGGAUCCUUGCUACGAACAGUCUUGUCGGUGACUUACACAAUAUCAUAGCUGUACUUUACGGGAUCAAACGCCAGGUCAAAUUGUCCCUGUCCAGUGAAAAAGAAGGGCUAAAAUUGUGGACUAAAAACUGGUCGACCCUCAACAGCAACAACACGGCUAACACCUCACACACAGAACAGGAAUGUCCAGAAAUAAGACCAACGCUGUCCAGCUUCAGGGUGUCCACUUUUGUCGACCCCGUAUUGAUUGACCCUCAGUUGCCUGCAGAGAUCCUGGCUGACCAACAAGACUCUGAGGCUGAUGAGUCGGGGAUGGUGCAGGACACGGGUCCUACCCCUGCCAGUGGUCCUCAUCCAUUGACCACGAAUAAUUGCAGUCCAGCAGAUCAGAAUCACUCAGGUGUGGACCAAGAUCCUGGUUCUCAGUCAAAAGGCACCGGAUUGUCAUCAUCGUCGUCAUCGUCAUUAUCAACGUCUUCUCUAUCAUCCUCGUCAUCACCAUCCUCCUCCUCCUCCACAUCGUUGCCAUUGAAAUCCAGUCACUUACCCAACAGCGGGAAAAUAUCUAGUCUUCUCAAGGACAGCCCCAAUCGAACGGAAGCAGGUUCCAAAAAAGCUGGAGACACCAAGAAGGGCCAGUUUGUUUGGGAAACUGACAAAGACGAAGAGCCCAAGCCAACAGUCAACAACAACAAUAACAACAACAGCAGCAGUUCUAAGCCUCCGUCAGCGAGUGGUGAGGGUGAUUCCAAUUCGGAAAGUACUGAAGAUCCGGGAAGAGAGAAUGCAACAGAAGCUUCCAAGGCUGCCACAGUCGAUCCGUUGCAGGAUUACCAAACCAAUCUGUUGCAAUACGUCAUGCAGACGCAACGGGAGAUCAAUCAUCGACUCGAUUCAAUAGGAGAGCAGAUCGACAGACUGGAAGACAAGGAGAAGAUUACGACACCACUCUCCUCCGACCUGCCCUUGUUGCGGAAAUCUCUGCGUAGUAUGAUGAAUGAUUUGAGUAAAGUACGGAAGAUGGCUGCUUAUCAGUGAAUUCCAUCCCAGGAACUUGGAUCACUCUCUUUCUUUCUCUCUCUCUUGAAGAAGAAUCUGGUGUCGGUUUUUUUUUUACUAUUUUUUUGUUUUGGGGGAGUUUUUCAAAAAGAAAACAAAUAACCCCAGCAAAAGCAAAAAGAAAAAAAAAGAAACAAAAUCAGGGGGAGGUGGUGGUGGUGGUGGUGGUGGUGGCCAACAUGCAGGAGUUCAGGCAUGGAACCACCACAUUACCAUUAGUCAUGAAUGGUAUCACUCACUCACGCAUGCACACACAAGUUCAGAUGCACACACACACUCACUCACUCACACACAGACAACAUAUGCCCUGAUAUACGUACGUAUGUGCAAAGGGCUGGUGCUCUCAUUCCGAAGCGGUGCUUAUGUCUUCCAAACAAACACCCGGGAGCCACUGGCCAAAACGAUGGAAACAAGCCUCAGAAAAUUGGCAGUGGACGAUGGUAUCGAUGGGGGUAACUAUUUUGGAAGAAGAUGUUGGGGGUUCCUUUUUGAUGUGAAAAAGGAUUGCUAAACUUUUAUUUAUUUAUUAUUUUCUUUCUUUUUGUUUAUUUAACAGGAAUGGCUGUUAUUUCAAAACAAUACUGUACAUUAUUAUUAUCAUUGCGUUUGUAAAAAUAUCUUAUUUGUUAUCAUUCAAUUAUUUUUCUGCCGAGGUCGACUUUGCCUUUCUUCCUUUCAUGGUCGAUAAAUUAAGUACCAGUGAAACACU